AGAAAAAAUAUAAUUUUCUUUAAUUCAAUUUCCCGCGCAUCAAUCAUCAUCGAAUGAGUGACAUGACAAAUCAAUGAAUUUAAUUAGCUAUGGAAAAGAUAACCUAAAACGCAUGAGACUCGUGAUCGUUAAUAAAUUAAUAUUUAAAGUUUAAAAUACUACUUAAUUGUGAUUCAGGAACUGACAUUGUUAAUAAUAACAUUAAAUGUCGUUUCUUUUAUUACAGAGAAACUCAAUUGUGUUUGACUGACUGUGUCGUUCUAAUCACAAACAUAUUGGAAAUUACCUUAUAAAACGACAUUUACUGUCAAGAAAAUGGAAAAGUUAAAGUUUACGUUUGAAACGAAACCAUCAAUAGACGGAAAGUCGAACUAUAUCGCCAUAACCGCAAUUGCCACGAAAGAUGACAAAGUUUUCCUUAUGCCUGAAGAAUAUCAAGCAAUAUCACUUCACAAACAUAUCCAAACCUCGAAAACCUUCUUUACUGUGAAAAAUACAUUGAAAAAAAGAUAUCAAACUAGAAGUGUUUGGAUAAAAACAACAGAAGAGAUAUUACAAACAUAUCUUGAUGAGGAUGGAAACAUGAUCUUUCAGGAUCAAUUUUUAGAGGAAAUUACCCAAGAACAAAUGGCUACUGGUAGUAAAAAGCGUUUAGAAGACCCUAUAGUGAAGAUUUUGGAAAAAUUAGUUGAAAGUCAACAAAACAAAGAAAAACAAAGUAUUAAGAAGUUAGCUGACAGGUUUGUCAUUGAAAAAUUUGAUGGGAAAAGUUCAAGUGCAUGUCAGUGGAUGGAAAUAUUUGAAAAUGAAUGUGCAAGGUUUGAUAUAGUAAAAGAAGAAGAAAAAAUUGAAAUCUUCAGAUUAUUUCUUGAGAAAUCAUGCACUGAUUGGUAUUCGUCCAUGAUGAUCAAGCUCGGCUUAGAUUCUGAGUGGUCGGAAUGGAAAUCAAGUUUUUUGCAAACCUAUGUGAACAAAGGUUGGACUGCUAGCAAGUAUGCUUUAUUUUACAAGUAUCAAUCGGGGUCUUUGUUAGAAUAUGCAGUAAGGAAAGAAAAACUUUUACUUGAAGUAAGAAAAACAAUAGAUGAAGGGACUCUUAUUGAUAUAAUAGCUGCCGGUUUACCAGAUUUUAUUACAGAUAGAAUUGAAAAAGAACAAAUUGUACAUACAAAAAAUUUAUUUAGUGAACUUGGAAGAUUAGAACAUUUAGUUUCAAAAAGAAAAUUUAUCAAGAAGAAAGAGGAUACUAAGCCAGAGAAGAAAAAAUGUAGUAUUUGUGAAAAACUAAAGAAAGGGGUACGCUACCAUUCAGAGGACUCUUGCUGGUUUAAAACAAAUUUAAAUACUGAAAAAGAUAAAAAGCAAAUAAAGCUUAUCAACAAUUCAGAAUUAGAAUGUGAACUACAGUAUGAAGAUCAAAAAAACUAAUAGUGCCGCCAUUGAUCAAAGUGAAAUUAGUACUCAAUAAAAAUGUUGAAGUUGCUGGGAUCUAUGACUCAGGGUCUAAUGUCUCUUUAAUAAAUUCAAGAUUGUUAAAAAUAAAUAAUAAGGAAGCCAGUCACCCCAACUCUCUCAAUACUAAUUUAAAAACGAUUAAUGGCGUUAAAAAGGCAAAUGGCAUAAUAACACUUGAUAUAGCCAUCUUUGAUAUGGAAAAAAAAAUGAAUGUUUUUGUAAUAGACAAGGAAAAUUUCGAUUACGACUUUUUAGUGGGACUUGAUUGUAUAAAAGGGUUUUACCUAGUACAAAACGAAAACUUGGAAAUUACACAGAAAUUACCCAUACAAAGAAGAGAAAUAGUU